AUGAUUAAUGGAAGACCUUUGUUCAUUUUGCAUUUAUUACCAGACUCUGGCAAUCAACAAGGCUACAUCCCUAAAGAUAUACUUUCUAACCUAAUUGAUAAGGCUAUGGGUCAAUGUUGGCUCUUCUUAAUGGGCACUUCUGGAUCUGGAAAAACCCAUUCCUUAUAUGGAUUACUUUGUAGAACAUAUGGAAUUUACUUUUCAUUGAAUAAUGAAAAUGGUUCUAAAAACAAUAACUUGGGCUCUCAAGACAUGGAUGUAGCUAUUGAUGAUUUGGGCUUUAAAUUAGUUCUAACAAACCUCUAG